UGCAGGAAGAUUUGCCUUCACUGCAAGUGCUCCCAGGAAGAGCACAUCGUAACAGUUAUGCCUCUGGAGAUGGAGAAGACUGUCACGAAACUCAUGUUUGACUUCCAGAGGAAUUCGACUUCUGACGAUGACUCGGGCUGUGCCUUGGAAGAGUACGCGUGGGUCCCACCUGGCCUGAAGCCUGAGCAGGUGCACCAGUACUACAGCUGCCUGCCCGAGGACAAGGUUCCCUACGUCAACAGCCCGGGAGAAAAAUCUCGUAUAAAGCAGCUUUUGCACCAGCUGCCACCGCACGACAAUGAGGUCCGCUACUGCAAUUCAUUGGAUGAGGAGGAGAAGAGGGAACUCAAACUUUUCAGCAACCAGAGGAAGAGGGAAAAUUUAGGAAGAGGCAAUGUCCGGCCAUUCCCUGUAACCAUGACGGGGGCCAUCUGUGAGCAGUGUGGUGGACAGAUCAACGGAGGGGACAUGGCCGUCUUUGCCUCGCGAGCUGGGCACGGCGUUUGCUGGCACCCUCCCUGCUUCAUCUGCAGUGUCUGCAAUGAGCUGCUGGUUGACCUGAUCUACUUCUACCAAGAUGGGAAGAUCUACUGCGGCAGGCACCACGCUGAGUGCCUCAAGCCCCGCUGCGCGGCGUGCGAUGAGAUCAUUUUUGCUGAUGAAUGCACCGAGGCCGAAGGGCGGCACUGGCACAUGAAGCAUUUCUGCUGCUUUGAAUGCGAGACGGUGCUGGGAGGGCAGAGGUACAUCAUGAAGGAUGGCAGACCCUACUGCUGCGGCUGCUUUGAGUCCCUCUACGCCGAGUACUGUGACACCUGCGCCCAGCACAUCG